CGCACCUGCCUGGCCAUGAUGAGCUUCGGCGGCGCGGACGCGCUGCUGGGCGCCCCGUUAGCGCCGCUGCACGGAGGCGGCAGCCUGCAUUAUGCGCUGGCCCGGAAGGGCGGCUCGCGUUCGGCGGCCGGCUCCUCCAGCGGAUUUCACUCGUGGGCUCGGACGUCCGUGAGCUCCGUGUCAGCCUCGCCCAGCCGCUUCCGUGGCGCAGGCGCCGCCUCAAGCACCGACUCGCUAGAUACGCUGAGCAACGGGCCAGAGGGCUGCAUGGUGGCGGCGGCUGCGGCGCGUAGCGAAAAGGAGCAGCUGCAAGCCCUCAAUGACCGCUUCGCGGGCUACAUCGACAAGGUGCGGCAGCUUGAGGCGCACAACCGCAGCCUGGAGGGAGAGGCUGCCGCGCUGCGACAGCAGCAGGCAGGCCGCGCAGCCAUGGGUGAGCUGUACGAGCGCGAGGUGCGCGAGAUGCGCGGCGCAGUGCUGCGCCUGGGCGCGGCGCGGGGCCAGCUGCGCCUUGAGCAGGAGCACCUACUCGAGGACAUCGCACACGUGCGCCAGCGCCUCGACGACGAGGCCCGGCAGCGCGAAGAGGCUGAGGCUGCGGCGCGCGCACUAGCGCGCUUCGCCCAGGAGGCCGAAGCUGCGAGAGUCGAGCUGCAGAAAAAGGCGCAGGCACUGCAGGAGGAGUGCGGCUACCUGCGACGCCACCACCAGGAGGAGGUGGGCGAGCUGCUCGGUCAGAUCCAGGGUUGCGGCGCUGCGCAGGCGCAGGCGCAGGCCGAGGCGCGCGACGCCCUGAAGUGCGACGUGACGUCGGCGCUGCGUGAGAUCCGCGCGCAACUCGAAGGCCAUGCUGUGCAGAGCACGCUGCAGUCAGAGGAGUGGUUUCGAGUGAGGCUGGACCGACUGUCAGAGGCAGCUAAAGUGAAUACAGAUGCCAUGCGCUCAGCCCAGGAGGAGAUAACUGAGUACCGGCGUCAGCUGCAGGCCAGGACCACAGAGUUGGAGGCUCUGAAAAGCACCAAGGAUUCCCUGGAGAGGCAGCGCUCUGAGCUAGAGGACCGUCAUCAGGCUGACAUUGCAUCCUACCAGGAAGCCAUUCAGCAGCUGGACACUGAGCUGAGGAACACCAAGUGGGAGAUGGCAGCCCAGCUCCGAGAAUACCAGGACCUGCUGAAUGUCAAGAUGGCUCUGGAUAUUGAGAUUGCUGCUUAUAGAAAACUUCUGGAAGGUGAAGAGUGUCGGAUUGGCUUUGGCCCAAGUCCUUUCUCUCUUCCAGAGGCACUCCCGAAAAUUCCCUCCAUAUCCACUCACAUAAAAGUCAAAAGUGAAGAGAAGAUCAAGGUGGUAGAAAAGUCAGAGAAGGAAACUGUGAUUGUGGAGGAACAGACAGAAGAGAUCCAAGUAACUGAAGAAGUGACGGAAGAAGAGGAGAAAGAGGCCAAAGAGGAGGAAGGCAAGGAAGAAAAAGAGGGAGAAGAGGAAGAAGCAGAAGAGGGAAAAGAAGAAGCAGAAGAGGGAAAAGAAGAAGCAGAGUCUCCCUCAGCAGAAGAGGCUGCAUCCCCAGAAAAGGAAACCAAGUCCCCUGUGAAGGAAGAAGCCAAGUCACCAGCUGAGGAAAAGUCCCCAGUGAAAGACGAGGCCAAGUCACCAGCUGAGGCCAAGUCCCCAGCCAAGGAAGAGGCUAAGUCACCAAUCGAGGCCAAGUCUCCAGAGAAGGCCAAGUCCCCCGUGAAAGGUGAAGCAAAAUCACCAGCUGAGGUCAAGUCUCCUGAGAAGGCCAAGUCCCCGGUGAAGGAAGAAGCAAAGUCACCAGCUGAGGCCAAGUCCCCAGUAAAAGAAGAGGCAAAAUCACCAGCUGAGGUCAAGUCUCCUGAGAAGGCCAAGUCCCCAGUGAAGGAAGAAGUGAAGUCCCCAGAGAAAGCCAAGUCCCCAGUGAAGGAAGAAACAAAGUCCCCUGAGAAGGCCAAGUCGCCAGUGAAGGAAGAGGCCAAGUCUCCAGUUGAGGUAAAAUCCCCUGAAAAGGCCAAGUCCCCAGUGAAAGAAGAAGCAAAGUCCCCAGAGAAAGCCAAGUCACCAGUGAAGGAGGAGGUGAAGUCCCCAGAGAAAGCCAAGUCCCCAGCAAAGGAAGAAGCCAAGUCCCCAGUGAAGGAAGAAGCCAAGUCCCCAGUGAAGGAAGAAGCAAAGUCCCCAGAGAAAGCCAAGUCCCCAGUGAAGGAAGAAGCAAAGUCCCCAGAGAAAGCCAAGUCCCCAGUGAAGGAAGAAGCAAAGUCCCCAGAGAAGGCCAAGACUCUAGAUGUAAAGUCUCCAGAAGCCAAGACUCCAGUGAAGGAGGAAGCACGGUCCCCUCCAGACACCAGAUCCCCUGACAAGGCCAAAAGCCCUGUCAAGGAGGAGGCCAAAUCCCCAGAGAAGGUCAAAUCCCCUGAGAAGGAGGUCCCAAAGAAAGAAGAGGUGAAAUCACCCGUGAAGGAGGAGGAGAAACCCAAAGAGUCCCCAAAGAAGGCAGAAGAGAAGGCUCCAGCCACACCCAAAACUGAGGAGAAGGACAGCAAGAAAGGCGAGGCUCUCAAGAAGGAGGCUCCAAAGCCCGAGGUGGAGGCCAAGAAGGAAGCUGCUGUCGAGAAGCCCAAAGAAUCCAAAGUUGAGGCCAAGAAGGAAGAGACAGAGGAUAAGAAGAAAGCAGCGACCCCGGAGAAGGAGGCUCCUGCCAAGGCGGAGGUGAAGGAAGAAGCUAAACCCAAAGACAAGACUGAGGUACCCAAGAAGGAAGCCGAACCCAGCAAACCAGCAGAGAAGGAACCAGAAAAGCCAAAGAAAGAAGAGGCAGCAGCAGUACCCGAAAAGAAAGACACCAAGGAGGAGAAGGCUGCAGAGGCCAAGAAGCCAGAGGAGAAACCCAAAACGGAGGCCAAGGCCAAGGAGGACGACAAGGGUGUCUCCAAGGAGCCCAGCAAGGAGGCCCCCACACCCAGCAAACCCAAGAUGGAAAAGGCUGAAAAAUCCUCUAGCACGGACCAAAAAGACAGCAAGCCUGCAGAGAAGGCCACAGAGGACAAGGCCACCAAGGGGGAAAAGUAAGGCAGUAAGAAAGGAACCCCAGAGCAGCCAAAGAAACUCAGGAGGGUCCCAGAACUCAAGGGUCAGUCUAAUGAAUUUUCAUUUUUUUCCUCCCUUUUUGUUCUAUAAGAAAAAAAACAUGCUUUGAUGUCGGGCCUUCCUUCACCAAACAGGAUUUUCUGUUAACAAUAUGGUAGCAAGAGAGGGCACUCCCAGUUCCUGACCCCCUCCCUACCCCAUGUCCCAAACCCUCUCCAGGCGAUGGACAACUAUGUUAUGAUAGCUUAUGUAGCCGAAUGUGAUAAUAUGCCGAAUGCUACACGUAAACACUUGACUACAAAAACUGCCCCCCUCCUCUCCAAAUAAGUGCAUUUACUUCCUGUAUGUACUGACAGAUGACCGCAAUAAUGAAUGAGCAGUUAGAAACACAUUAUGCUUGAGAUGUCUUAACCUAUUCCCGAAUGCCUUCUGUUUUCCAAAGGAGUGGUCAAGCCCUUGCCCAGCAUUCUCUUAUUCUGCAAGAGCGGGAGCCCAUGAGGCUGGGCACUGGCCACUGAAUCACAACAGGGCGCACUUUCCACUGGAGUCCACUUUCAAUUGCUUCUGUGCAAUAAAACCAAGUGCUUCU